GUGGUUUACGGCAGCUGGGCCGGACUUAUACAACCAGAUUAUCAAAGCAGCUGAUGAUAGCGAGGAGUGGAGAGGGGCAAGAUGGACUUACGUCUGCUUCUCCUGCUAGCGCUGGCUUUGGCCUGGUUUCUGCUAGCAGAGGCUGGGAACAGUCACGGCAAACACAGCCACAAACGCCACUCACAUAAACACAAACACCACAAGCAUAAGUCCCACCAUCACCACCACCACAAGCAUAAGCACCACCACCACAAGCAUAAGCACCACCACCACAAGCAUAAGCACCACAAGGACGACAGCCACACAGAUAGGACGCACAAAAUCAAGGUUUACAAAUAUGAUUACAAAGUUGAUGCUAAAGAAUGCCAGCUGGUGUCACUGUCAUCCGGAAGGAACAGAGACGACUACAAGCAAUUUGAUGACGUGGAACAAAUAAAGCUUGUCCGCGAGUAUUCGGGCUCUAAAGGGUGCAGACUUGAUAGAACCUAUGGCUACACCGAUAGUGAAGUCUACGCCAAAGAUGGUUGCAAAGGUUUGUUUAAAGUUUGCUUUGGCAACGACGACGACGAUGAUGGUGAUGUGGUCAAGCAUUCUGGAGGCGGGAGAGUAAGAAAGUACAGAAGAAAACUCCGCAAGCUUCGACGCCGGUUUAGACGGAAGCAUCGUCAUUGGCGCAGGCACAGGCGUUGGAGGAAACACUGGCAUAGGCGCAGGCACAGCCAUAAAAAGUCGCACCGGAACAAGUGGCAUAAGAAAAGAAACAGCCACAGGAGCAGGCGUUGGAAGCACGUUAGUUGAAGCGUGGUGAUCAAGAUAAAAACAACAACCAACGUUUAAUAAAGUUUGGCUAAAUAUCGCGUUUUGAUUUCUAGAUUUCUUUGUAAUUCAUGGAUCUUAAAAAACAAAAGCUGUUGUUAUCAGAGCUUGGGUUGGGAUUUGCUUUAAAUAAAACAUGAUUUGAGUAAAUUGUGCAUUAAAAUAUUCUUGGAAUGU